GUUUCAGUUUUCAGUAAUCGCUCAUCCAGGAGCCUGUUCCACUCAGGGAUUUUUGGAUUUUUCAGUCUGGAUGCUGUAGCUCGGGGUUGGACUCUCUCUCUCUGACUUCCUUGUCUGUCUGUGUGUGUGUGUCUGUGUGUGAGGACGCUGCAUGUCUGGCAUGCAGACAUGGGUCCCUCGUUACGCUCUAGGAUUACCAUCUGCCUGCUCAUCACCUUGGCUCAGGUGAUCGCCGUGACCUGCCAAGAAGAUACCAAGAAAGAUUCCUGUACAGAAGACAGCAAAGUCUACUUCAACGAUCAGAUAUGGAACCCGGAGCCCUGUCGAAUCUGUAUAUGUGAUAUGGGGAUGGUGGUUUGUGAGGACGUGGUGUGUGAGGAUGUAGGUGACUGCAAGACCACUGAGACCCCAGAGGGCGAGUGCUGCCCCGUGUGCUUGGCUGCCGCAUGGCAGCCUUACACAGACACUGAAACUGAUACCUGCACAGAAAAUGGAAAAGUCUACGCCCACAAUGACAUGUGGAACCCGGAGCCGUGUCGGAUCUGUGUGUGCGAUAUGGGGGCCGCUGUGUGUGAAGAUGUGGUUUGCGAGGACCUCGGCGACUGUCAAACUGUGACCCCAGAGGGCGAGUGCUGCCCUGUGUGCUUAACUGCAGCUUCCACAUCAACUCCCAGUGCAGACCCUAUAACAGUUGCAGAUGAGAGGAAAGGGGAUAGCUGCACGGUUGAUGGGGAGGUCUACCAGCACAACGACAUCUGGAAACCCGAGCCUUGUCGCGUGUGCGUUUGUGACAAUGGUGUCGCCGUCUGUGACGAGGUGCAGUGUGAACUGCUGUCAAACUGCGAGAAGGUCGCCACACCCGAGGGGGAGUGCUGCCCCGUGUGUGACAGCUUCGCCAGCGCAAGCAGGAGGAUAGAAAUUAUGGGCUACAAGGGACAGAAAGGUGAACCGGGUGAUAUCCCAUAUAUUGUGGGACUCCCUGGACCUACAGGCCCCCCGGGUCCUCCAGGAGCUCAGGGAUCCACUGGACAAAGAGGCUUUAAAGGCAGACGGGGAUAUGCAGGGCCUCCAGGAUUUGACGGCGAGCCCGGUGUGCCAGGAAAUCCAGGAGAGCCAGGAGCCCCAGGCCAUCCCUCCCACCCUGGGGGCAACCUGGUGUCCCAGAUGGCUUCAGGUUUCGGUGAGAAGUCUAGUCUGGCUGGGAUGGUAUCAGGAAACAGGGGUGAAAUGGGACCAAGAGGACCUCCAGGCUCGCCUGGAAGUCAAGGUCCACCUGGAGUUCAGGGAACCCCAGGAGAGGGUGGAGAUCCAGGACCAAUGGGUGAGCCGGGUCAUCGAGGACAAGAUGGGCCUCCGGGAAAAACGGGUCCUGAUGGAGAACCUGGACCUGACGGUGCUACAGGAGAACCAGGAUUUCCAGGAUCUGUGGGUUCAAGAGGGUUCCCAGGACUUCCAGGUCACCCAGGACUGAAAGGCCACAAGGGACAUGCCGGUCUUCUUGGGCCAAAAGGCGAGCCUGGAUCUGCUGGAGCCAAGGGUAAAUCUGGCACUCCGGGUGCAAUGGGUGCUCCAGGCCCACUGGGACCAGCGGGCAUGCAGGGAGAAAGAGGCCGAGCUGGACCAACCGGUCCUGUGGGCAAACGGGGUGCAGCCGGCCAUGUCGGCAAACCUGGUCCUCUGGGUCCAAUGGGAAUCUCCGGUGUUGCAGGAUUUCCCGGGAGCCCAGGAAUGAAGGGAGAAGCAGGGCCGGCCGGGGUCCGAGGAAGUCCAGGACAGCAGGGACCCAGAGGAGACGCCGGUCACGUAGGCCCCCCCGGGCCGCAGGGGCAGCAGGGUGCCUCAGGACCUGAUGGAACUCAAGGUAGUCGCGGCCAAGCAGGUCUAGCAGGUGUCCAGGGUCCAGCAGGGCUGUUGGGGCCACCCGGCCCCCCCGGCCCCCAGGGAAUGACGGGAGCACCAGGACCAAAGGGCCAAUUGGGGGAAGCUGGAUUGGCUGGAUUCAAAGGAGAAGCUGGAAUUAAGGGAGAAAGAGGUGACCAUGGUGCUCCGGGUCCGUUGGGCCCGAUGGGAGAGGACGGGAAGCGUGGCCCCCGAGGUGAUGCUGGAUCCAUCGGGCCUCCAGGAUCUCCAGGGGAAUCAGGCGCUCCAGGAAACCGAGGUUUCCCAGGUGCAGAUGGAUUACCAGGCCAAAAGGGAGCCCAGGGGGAAAGAGGACUGUCCGGGUCGGCCGGCGCCAAAGGUUUAGAUGGAGAUCCAGGACGUAAUGGGGAGCCAGGUUUAACAGGAGCUCGGGGUCUGACGGGACUGAUUGGCGCCCAGGGAUCAGAGGGAAAGCAAGGACCAAUGGGCUCAGCGGGAGACGAUGGCAAGCCAGGCCCAGCUGGUUCUACUGGGAACCGGGGUUCAGCCGGACCCAUGGGUCUGCCGGGCCCUAAAGGCUUUGCUGGUGAUGCUGGGAAGACCGGAGAAGCUGGCAGCUCGGGGCCUCCAGGUCAAAGGGGGGUGAAUGGGAAAGACGGAGAGGAAGGCGCUGCUGGCCAAGCCGGUCCAGCGGGUCCUGCAGGAAAGAGAGGAGAGCAGGGACCGCAGGGGCUGCAUGGUUUCCAGGGUUUGCCCGGAACGCCCGGACCACCUGGAGAGUCAGGAAAACCAGGGGCUGAGGGUCUUGCUGGAGAGGCAGGUGCGGCUGGAGCUACAGGUCCGAGGGGAGAACGAGGCGCUCCAGGAGAGAGGGGUGAAAUCGGGCCCAAUGGGCUGCAGGGACCCAAAGGUAGUCCGGGUGGACCAGGACCAGAUGGGCCCAAGGGUAGCAAUGGUCCAAAGGGCACUGCCGGAGAGCCAGGAGGUCCAGGACUCCAGGGGAUGCCAGGAGAGAGAGGCUUAUCAGGACCUUCAGGCCCGAAGGGAGAUGCAGGAUCUGUUGGAGAGAGCGGAGCCGAGGGGAAAGCCGGAGCUGACGGAGCACGGGGUCUUCCUGGUUCUGUUGGACCUGUCGGUCCCAGUGGACCCAACGGAGAGAAGGGAGAAACGGGCCCACAAGGACCUGCAGGACGCCGAGGCACAAGAGGAAUCCCUGGUUCUUCUGGUGAGCCUGGUCCAACCGGUGCUGUCGGCUUCCCUGGGACUUCUGGUCCUGAUGGUCAGCCUGGGGUUAAAGGUGAAACUGGCGAGGCCGGACUGAAGGGAGAGGGAGGGUCACCUGGACCCCAGGGGAUGGCUGGGAAAGCUGGAGGACAGGGACCAGUUGGUGUGACUGGACUGAAAGGUGCUAGAGGAACACAAGGUGCAACGGGCUCUGCUGGUUUCCCUGGGUUGCCUGGAGGAGUUGGACCAGUUGGCUCUGUUGGUGCUGUUGGUGCCGACGGGCCUAUAGGUGCUCCAGGAAAGCAGGGACCUCCUGGGAUUAUUGGGGAGAACGGACCUACAGGACGUCAGGGAGAGAGCGGACCUUCGGGCGCACCGGGCAGCCCUGGAGAGAAGGGAGAAUCUGGAGAAGACGGCACUCCGGGGCCUGAUGGGCCUCCAGGACCUGCUGGCACCGCAGGACAGCGAGGGAUUGUGGGUCAGCCUGGACUAAGAGGAGAGGCGGGCAUGCUGGGACUGCCCGGUCCUGCUGGUCCACCUGGAAAAGCCGGAGCUGCUGGAGUUCAGGGCAGCAAAGGGCCUGCUGGUGGAGCUGGUUUACCGGGAGCCACAGGGCCAAGAGGAGAGCCCGGCCCUGAGGGAAUCGCUGGAGCAGAGGGGCCUCCUGGGAAGGACGGUCUCAUAGGGGAAAGGGGAGACAAGGGUAACACUGGUCCAGAAGGUCUGGCUGGAGCUCCCGGUUCUCCAGGAACGGACGGUCCUGUGGGAAUGACAGGCGGUCCAGGACAGAAAGGCGAUAACGGUGCCAGAGGCUCCUCUGGACCCCAAGGACCACCUGGAGUACGGGGAAAAGUGGGCCCUCAAGGACCACAGGGAGAGAAAGGAGCAGCUGGAGAACAAGGAGAGAGGGGUCAGAAAGGACACCGAGGUUUCACUGGGCUCCAUGGUUUGCCAGGAACAACUGGCCAACAAGGGGAACCAGGAGCGACAGGUAUUGUUGGACCAGCUGGGCCGAGGGGUCCUCCAGGAGUGUCUGGUCCCCCUGGAAAGGAAGGAAACAUCGGUCAGCCUGGACCAAUGGGCGCUCCUGGUAGCAGAGGCUCCAUCGGAGACAUCGGCGCACAUGGUCCGCCUGGAGACGAUGGGCCGGCCGGCCCCCCAGGCCCCCCCGGACCACCCUCCGCAGUUAUGGAAGACCUCUUCGCUGCCCCUUACGAUUACGACGGGACAGGCGCUGUGCCAGAAGCUGUGGAAUUUGUCGAGGACGAUGUGGCUGCCGAUCCUCCUCCACUUCCGGAGAUGAAUAAAGAUGAAGCCCUUCCCAAUAAGAACUCUGCUUUCCUGCGUGCAGACACGGGAGUCCACGCCACGCUGAAGACCCUCAGCGGACAUCUGCAGAACCUCCGCAGUCCUGACGGCAGCAAGAUGAACCCCGCCAAAAGCUGCCAGGACAUCAAGCAGUGCUACCCUCAGAAACCGAGCGGUGAGUACUGGAUUGAUCCAAAUCAAGGAAGCACAAAAGAUGCCAUCAGAGUUUUCUGUAAUAUGGAAAGUGGUGAGACCUGCAUCUCUGCCAAUCCGGCCAACAUUCCCCGCAAAGCCUGGUGGACGAAAUCCAUUCCCAGCGCCAACAAACCCGUCUGGUAUGGAGCGGACAUGACCAGUGGAACCAGAUUCCGCUAUGGAAAUACGGAGGAGCAGCCCAAUGUGGUGGCGGUUCAGCUGAAGCUGCUGCAGCUUUUGUCCAAAGAGUCUUACCAGAGCAUCACCUACCACUGCAGGAACAGCGUGGCUUAUAAAGACGUGAAGAGCACCAACCUGAAGAAAGCUCUGGUCCUCCAAGGCUUCAACGGCCAGGAGCUGAGAGCGCAAGGAAACAACCGCCUCCGAUACACCGUCAUUGAGGACGGCUGCUCGAUCUCAAAUGGAGAGUGGGGCAAGACAGUGAUUGAGUACAGGACUCAAACUUCAGCCAGGCUGCCCAUCAUGGACGUGGCCCCCAUGGACGUUGGAAAGCCUGAUCAGGAGUUCGGCCUGGACAUUGGCCCUGUGUGCUUCUCCUAAAACAAACGCAAGAUGGACAGAAAUAGCCCCCUUUUUCGAGGAGUAACAUCAUCAGAAAAUUAUACCAUAUGGACUCCUCUUUCUGUGAGCAUACAAGUCGAUGAAGGUUAGAUUUUUCUACACAUGGCUGCAUUUCCCGUAAGCUGUUAAAGUACCUGCUGUGUCUGCGAGAGCUGUGUGACCGGUAGGACAUAAUUUAUUCACCUUGUCAAUAGAUGUACAAUCUGGAGCACCAGUACUCCACAGGGAAAUGCAUGUGGGUGGAAAAGAUAAGGUCUGAGGUACUAACAUGAAACGUGAAUGAAAACGAGGAGUUUAGAUGGAUUGUAAACUUGCAUAAACUGGAAAAGAGCCAAUAAUACUAAAGCUUAAAGAGAUAUGGUCUCAGAGCAGAUUGCAUAAGAACUGUUUAUAGCCAAUAAAAACCUUUUUCAUUUGGCCUUUCUUUUCCAGUACAUGCACGUCCAGAAGCCGGGAUAUGGCAAGAGUUAAUAUAGCAAUGACUAGUUCUUAAUUUUAAUGGAAUAAAAACUGAAAAUUAUGCUUGAACCUAAAUUAUUAAGUUCUGUGCAGGAACUUAUUUACGCUUUCAACCGAAAACCUUUAUCUCCUUUUUAAAAACUUCAACUGUAAAUGCAACAUAUGACUGUAAAUUGCAAAUGAUUUGUUUGUUGUUGACUAUGGAUGUGGAAUAAAUGUCUUUCUUUGGAAUGACUGUGGUCAAACCAAAGCAGGAAAGUUGAAUAAACACUCGGUUCCCCCUC